AUGAAGGACAAACAGCGUCGGCCAAGAAGCAAGGCCAAAAUGAAGGACAAACAGAGCUUCCUCAGCUUCUCCAAGGGCAAGCUUCUCGCCUCGAAACGACCUGCGCUCUCAUCCGAAUCAAAGAAAAUGUCAAACAAAUGGCCAAAUAAACCGCUCUUGAGGAAACUGCGAAAGUCGCCGAUCAAAUCGACCCCAAAGGACCUCCGCCCGACCUGUCUGGCCAGCAGCUCACGUCCAGUGACUGCGGUUCAAGAAACACCAGAGUCAGGCAUGUCCAGUUCCUACCUCACAACACCCCUUGCAAAGCACAAAAAGCAACUUUUUGGCAGCGGUUCCAACUCUGGCAGCAGUUUCAGCUCCGACACAGAUUACCAGACUCCGCCUGAGGAUCCUGUCGAGAUACCGACCGUGAUGAAACAGGAGUCGUUCAUGGACAAGCUGAACCGCACUGUGCGAGAUAAGUUUGAAGGGCCUUCGUUCGAUCUCAGUAAUCAGUUGUCAGAUAGACGGAGCACCCAAGAGAUUAUCAUCAUCAGUAGCGACGAUGACACUCCACCCGAGGGUCGUGUCAAGAAGAUACGGACCGCCUUGAAGCGCGAGUCAUUCAUGAACAAGCUGAACCGCACUGUGCGAGAUAAGUUUGAAGGUCCUUCGUUCGCUCUCGAACAGUCGUCAGGUAUCCGUACAAGUAAACAGAGUACCCAAAAUGUUAUCAUAUUCAGCACCGACGACGAAUCCUGCGGAGGACUGGAAGAUAGAUGGGGCACACAAGAUGCUAUCAUCUUCAGCAGCGACGACGAAUCCUGUGGAGGACAGGAAGAUACGACCGCCAUGAAGCGAGAGUCCUUCAUGAGCAAGCUGAACCGAUCUGUGCCAGAUAAGUUUGAAGGUCCUUCGUUCGAUCUCAAACUAUCGUCAGAUAUUCUCACAAAUAGUCGGAGCACCCGAGAUUCUAUCAUCUUCAGCAGCGACGACGAAUCCUGUGGAGGACAGGAAGAUACGACCGCCAUGAAGCGAGAGUCCUUCAUGAGCAAGCUGAACCGAUCUGUGCCAGAUAAGUUUGAAGGUCCUUCGUUCGAUCUCAAACUAUCGUCAGAUAUUCCCACAAAUAGUCGGAGCACCCGAGAUUCUAUCAUCUUCAGCAGCGACGACGAAUCCUGCGAAGGACAGGAUGAUACGACGGUUAAGCCCAGUGGCAGCUCGGUGAUCAUUAUUAGCAGCUCUGAGACCUCGCCCGUGGAUGUCAACCAUCAACUGAGAGAUUUCCAUUGUCGCAUCAUCAAUAGCACUCCGCUAGACAGGAAAAAGAAGCGUUCUGUGGAGGGUGGAAACACUAGAUCUCCCAAACGAAGAGCCACCAAAAAGGAAGGUGCAGUGAAACUGGAAAUCCUAAUGAAGAAAAGCGAGAUAACGCCAGCGCCCUGCAAGUCGAUACCGAGACCAUCGACCCCCCGGAAGGCUGCUCUUGUGAGAAAGACUCCCAGGAAGACAUCACCUCGCAGGAGAUCUACUCUCAAAAAUACGUCUUCAAAAGUCAUCCCGGAAACGCAUUCCGACAGUCCGAUUUCUGCAAGCCGGAACAAAAACAUUCAGUAUUACUUUAGCAGCUCUCCCACAAUGACUGCUUCGCCACUUUCGCCCUCGCAAGAUCUUUCUAGUGACGAUUCGACACUUUCGCCCGCGCAAGAUCUUUCUAGCGAAGGUGUCUUUUCAUCGCCGGUGAAGGUACAACGGUAUGUGCACACUGCGGACCCGACUUCCAUGUCUCUUUCCUCCGCACAGGACCUAUUGUCCGACGGACUUUUCUCGUCGCCCACUAAACCCCGACCUCUGCGAACUGUUAAUAACAAGAGAUCCCCUGAUAACCCGAAAUCGCCAGACUCUGACCAUGGCCUUUUCGAUAGUGACUGUCCGGGAAGCACCAGCUACUUUGAUGGCUUUGACAUGGACAGCGAAAGUGAUCCUGAGCUCAAGAUAUCGUACAACGAUGUGGAUGUCAAGCAGCGAGCCGAAGACAGACUGGCGGAGAUUCUAAAGGAGGUGAAUCAGACUUCGUCGAGCACUACGCCUCGUGGAGGAAGCAACGCACCUGAGGACGAGGUGGCCGUCAAGUACCAGGCUGCCAAGCUCAAGGAGGCUGAGAGAAUCCAGCAGCAUCAGGAGAAGAAGGAGGCUUACUACAAGAAGCUUGAGGAGGAGGAGGAGACUAAGCGGAAGCAACAGUUGAUGGAUGCUCCUCUCAUAGAGUGUGAAACCGCUGAUGUCGAGGUAUUUUCCAACGAUACUGAAAGCAUCGGUUUCGCGCCUCGUCACAAGCUUCUCAGGGUGAUGAAUGAGGCGUCCCUGAGACCCUCGCAGGUGCUUCCUCGACAGGCUGUCGAUCUAGAGUUUAGCACGAUCGAUGUUCAGUGGCUUCUGGUGAAGCUUGCACGUGAGACUUCCAGUGUCGAGCGACAGCACAUUGUCCCUCAUUUGCAGAAGGCUGAUACGAAGCUCACUCGGGACCACAUGGAGAAGGUCAUGAAGGCGAUUGGACUGAGAUACUGGGACAAGCGGAAGGGUAGUUGUGAGAACCAGGCUAGUGCUUACUCUGUUCUCAACAAGAGUCGACGAACUGAAAGCAUGCCUUGUACUCCGGUCAAGCCCAAACGGCCAGGCAGAAUGUCUAGUAAUACUCCGAUUACUCCCGUCAAGGCACUUAGAAUGGAUUCGCCUUUCAGUCUCAUCGGCUCUUUUGAUAGUCCUGCCUCCUUCUCCAUGGCCUCUCCCUCCAAGACAGCCAAAACUCCCCAGCCUCCCCCUCCCUUCCGAUACAGAAGCGCCGAAUCGUUGGCUGACUUUUUCGACACUAUGGCUCAGCUUAUUGAGCCCGACUGCAUCGAAUUUCUGUUCAGGCUACUUUUGCUAGUGUCUUCGGACUCCUCGCUGGACUCGUUGCAGUCCGACACCAGUGCUGCAUAUGCCGGCAUGGCUUGCUUGCUUGGCAAGGAUGAGUUCACGGUCGAACAGGCCCUAGAGUUGGUAUGUGACACUGUGGACCUCAAGUCUGCACAGACUCGAGUUUUGCAAGCUCUCUUUUGUGGCACAGAUAACACUAUGAGCAAGCUUGGUCACUCUUGUGCCUCCGUGUUUUUUCUACGAGAGUACAUUCAAGGCAAGACUGCCGGUGAGUUGGCGUCGCGGUGCUCUGCUGAUAGAAGCAUUCUCGAUGCUACAUUCUUGGACAAUCUGGUGGACUUUUCCCAUCAGUCUGAGAAGCCUUCCUCAUACAUCCGACACAUGUUUGGCUUUUUUGCGCAGACCAUGGAUCCCACGUCUGUCAAAACGUGGAAACCUGAGCAGAAGCGCAAGGCGGAUUCGGCACUCAAGUCGCGGUCUGAUUUUGUGGACAAUCUGGACGACUUCAAGUUCAACGCUCUGGUCAUGUCCUGGCUCACGCGGGUAUCCACAGAGUUCAUCGUUGUCGAGCCCGCUUUCUGUGCAGUGUCGUUCUAG